AUGGCGACAUUCUCGCCCGAAGGACAACGGGAUCCAGUAGCGGUAGAGAAAUUUGUUGCUGCUAUAACAGUCUACAAAGACAUCGAGAAAAUUCCUGAUGCUGAUGCGCUACGCGGUAUGCCACUUUUACUCGAGGAUUAUGCAGCGACUUGGUGGAUAGGUGUGAAAGAAUCCGUGUCAACAUUCACCGACGCCAUAGAGUUAAUACGAGCGACAUUUUCUCCUCCAACGCCUGAUUGGAAAACUUAUUUAAGUGUUUUUGAACAUAAGCAACAAGUGCGCGAAGCCUCCGAUAGCUUUAUUUGCAAGAAGCGGUUGUUGUUCUCACAAUUGAAAGACAGCGAAGGGGUGCAACUCAAUAUGAUAUACGGCCUCCUGUCAGUGAAGAUAAGAGAGCGCGUGCAUCGUGAUGCAUUUUCGACGUUCGGUGAACUCUUAUCACGUUGCCGAGAUGCGGAAUUGUUUCUGGCUGAAUCCAAUCAACUUCCGGCGGCACUAUCUGAGAAGGCGGAACGAGCGGAAGGGCCCAAAAGGUGA